CACGCAUUUCCGGAUUUUCCGGAAAAGUGCUCGCAUUAUGCCCGCACGAACCCCUGCAUAUGCCUGCAUACGAGGAGCAUGCCGUGCCGUGCGAAAAAUACGCGUCCACGAAAUCGGGAACAUGCGCGCAAAAUGCCUGCAUACGAACGGCAUUAUGCUCGCAUUUUAUCGGCACUCGUGCUGGACAGAUCCACCACGGAAGCAAGCAAAAUGCUCGGUCAUAUGCUCGUCAUAUGACUUUCAUGUGCGGAUGCAAGUGGACCGUCAUGCGUGCCCAUUUCGUGCCGGCACGUUUUCAGCAUUUUCAGAGCACGCUGUUAUCUGGGCUAGACGUCCUCUUCCCACAGGUUUUCCUUUUAACUUAAAGUCGACACUCGUCGACAUAUAGCAUAUUUCGUAUUUUCGUAGUGUGCCAAAAACCGUUGAAAGCCAGUCUUAACCUAUAUAUUGUGCAUUACGUAUUGCAUUUGCAUAUUCAAAGCAAGUUUGACAUUUAUGACUAAGAAAAUCAAAUGAUUUGGAGAAAAUAACGUGUAGUAUUAUUAUCAGUUUUUGUACAUAGUAAGCGUAUAUCGUAAAUCGUCACUAUUUCUGGAGUUUGUUGAGGCAAGCCGAGCAUUGGCAUAUUAGUAUACCUAUAGCUUUCAUUAAGUUUUGUAAAGGGAGAAAUAAUGUCCAAACGUGGUCCUUACAAAAAUUAUUUGGACCGAUACAGUACAAAUGUUACUAUUCCACGCACAACGAAGCUUACACAGAAUUAUAGAGACACAACGUAAGAAGAAUUCCAAACUUAAGAAGAAUUUAAAACAAUAUGAUGAAUAUCAAAGCACAAUGCAAGAUCAAAGUUCUAGUUCUUCAGUUGCUGAUGCUGCAUUCUGGAUUGAUGAAGAUUUGAAUGAAUCAAUAAUAUAUAACAAUGAAUUGAAAUCUGUUAACUUUACUACAGAAAAAAGAGAACAUUUGCUAAGAAGAACUGUUUGUAAAUGUACAACAGUCAAUGUAGCUGAAAUUUUACUUUUGUGUAUGCAACUCGUAACCAAACAUUCGUUGACAUGGAUAGCCUUAAUUGACAUUUUCAAGGUACUUAAUUGUAUUUUUGAUAUAAAUAGUUUACCUACAACCAAGUACAUGAUAAACUAUCUAAUGAAUGUUAAUACAAACUGUCUUUCUUAUCACAUCAUUUGUCACGAAUGUAAUGCAUAUUUAGGAAAGAAAUUAGAUUUCAAAGAUACUGUGACGUGCACUUGUGGCUGUCAAUUAAGCUCUUCUAAAGUGGGAACAUUCUUUAUUGAAAUCGACGUGAGAGAUCAAUUAAAGAACCUUUUUUCAGAUCAAAUUGUCACUAAUAGUUUACAAGAUUUAAUCGAAAAAAGAAAAAUGCCGAUGGACUUGAAGAUAUAUAUGAUGGACAAAUUUAUAGGGAAUAUGCUGAAAAAAGUAAUUUAUUAAGAAAUCCAAACAACUUGUCUUAUACGUAAUACUGAUGGCUGUCAAGCUGAAGAUCACUCUAAAGUUAGUAUAUGGCCUGUAUAUUUAAUGCUGCACGAACUACCGGAUCAUAUGCGUAAGAAGAAUAUGCUGCUAGCAGGUCUAUGGGUAGCUAAAGAAGAACCUGACAUGAAUAUAUUUCUUGAGCCACUUGUUACUCAAGCGAAUGAGUUAUCUGAUAAAGGAUUUGAGUGGAUUCACAAUGGCAUAAAAAUAACAAGCAAAUUAUUCCCACUAGGAUGUUGUGUUGAUUCCGUCGCAAGAUGCUCAGUGGUAAACAUGAAAAAAUUAAACGGCUACAACGGUUGUACUUAUUGCGAGCAUCCAGCACAAUUAGUCAAUAAUAUUUGUAAGUAUCCUAUACAAAACGACGUGCCAGCUGACCGUUCAGAUGAAUCAAUCAAAAGACAAAUGUUUGAAACUUAUCAACAGAAUUCAGGUGACAUACAAGGAGUUUGGGGGCCAUCCUCUCUUAUGAAUAUGAAGCAUUUAGCAAGAGGAAUGAUUUUAGACUUCAUGCAUUCAUGCUUAUUGGGAGUUACGGAGUUGUAUACAAGAAUUUUGUUAGAAAAUGUACAAAAAGAAUAUUACAUCGGUUCUCCAGCUAGAAUCGAUAUUAUUAAUAAUCGAUUAAUGUCAAUUAGGCCACCAACGUGCAUUGCGAAAACACCAAGAAGCAUUAAAGAAAGAAACAUGUGGAAUGCAUCAGAUUGGAUGAAUUGGCUGUUGUUUUACUGCAUGAUAUGUUUUAAAGGAAUUUUAAAACCCAAAUACUACAAUCAUUUAGCUUUGUUUGUAGCAGCUAUGAAUAUUUUUUUAGAGGAUUCUAUAACGCCAACAAUGCUAGAAGAAGGAAGAAUUUUAUUAAUAAAAUUUGUAUUUUAUUUCGAAGAAUUAUACGGUGCAUAGUAUAUGUAUUAUAAUGUUCACCUACUGUUACAUCUGUCUAAAAAUGUUAAGAAUUGGGGCCCAUUAUGGGCAGACAGUACUUUUCCUUUUGAAAACCAGAAUGUGUUAUUACUUAGAAUGAAAAAAUGCAACUAUCGAAUUGCACAACAAAUAGUAAACAAGCUUAUGUUAUAUCAACAACUUCCUUUGCUACAAAAUGAAAAUUGUAUAUCUUUAAGAUUAAAGAAUACUGUAAUAAUUUUAGUAAGCAGAGAGUCAACAAUUGUAGUAAAAUUAAAGGCUGCACUUUAAUAGGUUCGGGUAAGGUAUGUGUAUGUACAUUUAGUGUAAGAGAAAAAAAAUGCUUUCUUAAUUUUGCUGACAUAAAAAAAAAUUACUGAAUGUAAAAAAUAUUCUCGAAUAAUUUAUAAUGGUUGCAGAUAGACAACAUGUUCAUAUUCAAGAAAUAAAAAAAAAUAAUGACUGCUAUUAUAACUACAUAUGCAGAAUAUGGAGUCAUUCAUAAAAUAUAUAAAAUAAAAUAUGAUAAGGAAGAUUUUGUUAUUAUUUAUAUGUACAAAAUAGAUGUAAGUCACGAGUCAAUAGUUUUCACUAAUGAUGUUAAUGUUAAACAUAUAAAGGUUUGCAACGAGCAAACUAAUACAACAUUAAAAGUUAUCUUGCAUGACAUGAUUUCAAAGCCAUGUUUGCUUACAUGCUAUAAGAAAAAGUAUCAUAUAAGAGACAUCGCUAAAGGAAUAAUGGGUAAAAGUUUAAAUUAAAUUGUAUAUUUGAUACUACCUGAAAAUAAUAAAAUUCUUAUUUUUAUACAUACAA